UUUUUUUCACAGAGAAGACUGAAAGACGAAGAAGAAACUUCCAGAAGCUCAUAGAAAUGGUGUCGAUUGAACAAGUAGAAUCACCGGCGGCCGGUAAAACUUCGACGGCGGCAGAAGUACCGUCUGGUUACGUGUCGGAUGGAUAUGAGACUGCGAGCGAUUCGGAACUGAAUGGAGCAGAGAAUGGAAGUAACAGGGAAUCUGAGAACACGAUCAAUACAGCGUCGUCUUCAUCUGAUGGAGAUUUGUUGAAGGAGAAGAAGCAGGAGCAGCCGGCUGAAGUAAAUCAGGAACAGUUGAAUGAGAAAGCCUUGGCUCAAGCAAAUGAUGCGAAAGUUGAAGGCAAUGCGUUGUUUAAGGAUGGGCUUUAUGAAGAGGCAUUGUCGAAAUAUGAGCUAGCUUUGCAAGUCGCAGCAGAUAUUCCUUCAAGUACUGAAAUUCGUUCAAUAUGCCAUGCUAAUCGUGCAGCUUGUUUCACCAAACUGGGGAAACAUGAGGAGACGAUCAAGGAAUGCACAAAAGCAUUACAACUAAAUCCUACAUAUAUAAAGGCUCUGGUUAGAAGAGCAGAGGCACAUGAAAAGCUUGAACACUUUGAAGAGGCCAUUACUGACAUGACAAAAAUCUUGGAAUUGGAACCCUCACAUGACCAAGCUAGGAGAACUGUGAUACGUUUAAAGCCAUUAGCUGAUGAGAAGCGAGAAAAGAUGAAAGAAGAGAUGAUUGGCAAGCUCAAAGAAAUGGGAAAUUCCAUUUUGGGUCGAUUUGGUAUGAGCGUUGACAACUUCAAAACAGUUAAAGACCCAAACACCGGUUCCUACUCUGUUCAAUUUCAGAAGUGAUGAGGGUUUCUCUCAUGUUGGCAAAAUUUGCGUUUCUUGAAUGAAAGAUUUGAUCUAGCAGGACAUUUGGGUGUGCAUGUUUUGAACUAUGUAUCACGUUAUUGAUUUGAAGUAUAUAAGUGUUGGCCAAAAACUUGAUAUUUUAGAUUUCUAAAUGUCAUUUAAGCAGAUGGCUUGUAGCCUUGGUGUCGUUAAUAUUGCAUGACCCAUGGACAGUAUAGACCAUCUUAAAUCUGUUGACUCCAUUUAUCAUUUCACUGCGACUUGUUUUUUCGUUAAAGGUGUAUCUACAGAAGGCUAUUUUGUUAU